GCUGUCUCUACUGUCUCUACUGUCUCUGCUGUCUCUGCUGUCUCUACUGUCUCUACUGUCUCUACUGUCUCUCUGCUGUCUCUGUUGUCUCUGUUGUCUCAGCUGAAGACCCUCCAGCAGCAGAAGGACAGAAGAAGGAGUCAGAGUUGACCUGGUUUCCUUGACAACGGAGAGAGAGCGCGUCAUCACCGAUCAGCUGAUCAGAUCAAUAACAACAAGUGACCCCAGCAGGUGACCCCGCCCCUUCCUGCUGUCAUCAUGUCUUCUGUGGAGUCCAGCGGUGACGGUGGGAAGUGGCUGGACGCCCACUACGACCCGGUGGCGGGCCUGUACACCUUCUCGUCCUGCGUGGACCUGGCGGACCUGAGCGGGGACGGGGAGAGCCGGCUGGUGGUGGGCGACCUGGGCUCGGGCUCGUCGGGCAUGAAGCUGAAGGUGUACCGCGGCACGGCGCUGAUGAGCGAGAGCACGCUGCUGGACCUGCCAUCCGGCCUCGUCGCCUUCUUCAUGGACCUGCACGAGCCGCGCAUCCCCGCCGUCGCCGUGGCGUCCGGACCCUGCAUCUACGUCUACAAGAACCUGCGGCCGUACUUCAAGUUCACGCUGCCGGGCCUGGAGGUCAACACGCUGGAGCAGGACGUGUGGCAGCAGGCGAGGGAAGGUCAGAUCGACCCUCUGACCCUGAAGGAGAUGCUGGAGAGCAUCAGGAAGAAGGCCGACGUCCCGCUGUCCGUCCGCUCGCUCAGGUUCCUGUCGCUGGAGACAACCGACAUGGACGAGUUCGUCCAGCUGCACAAACAGCAGCCAAUCAGACGCCAGACCGUCAUCACCUGCAUCGGGACCCUGAAGAAGAGCACAGCGGAUGAGGACGGCGUCAGCUGUCUGGUGAUCGGGACGGAGAGCAGCGACGUCUUCGUCCUCGACCCCGAAGCCUUCAUCAUCCUCUCCAAAAUGUCGCUGCCGGCUGCUCCCACCAUGAUGGACGUGACGGGUCAGUUUGACGUGGAGUUUCGCAUCACGGUGGCAUGUCGCAACGGCAACAUCUACAUCCUGCGCAGGGAGUCGGACAAACCCAAGUACUGCAUCGAGCUGUCGUGUCACCCGGUCGGUCUGGUGAGAGUCGGGAAGAACGUGGUGGUCGGCUGCACCGACGAGAGCCUGCAGGGCUUCACCCAGAAGGGGAAGAAGCUGUGGAAGGCCGUCCUCCCCGCUCCCAUCACCACCUUGGCCGCCAUGGACCUCCCCACCAGGGGCUUCCAGGCGGUUCUGGUGGGCCUGGCCAACUGUGAGGUCCAGCUGUACCGGGACAAGAACCUGCUGAGCACCAUCAAGACGCCCGACGUGGUCACCAGCAUCUGCUUCGGCCGGUACGGCCGCGAGGACGGGACCCUCAUCAUGACCACCAAGGGAGGCGGCCUGAUGGUGAAGAUCCUGAAGAGGACGGCGGCCUUCGACGACAGGGACAGCACUCCCGGGCCGCCGCUGGCCCAGAGUGUCCGCCUCAACGUGCCCAAGAAGACCAAGCUGUACGUGGACCAGACGCUGAGGGAGCGCGAGAACGGUCUGGCCAUGCACCGCGCCUUCCAGAUGGACCUGAGCCGCCUGCGCCUGGCCGCCGCCAAAGCCUACGUGAAGGCGCUGGAGUCCAGCCUGACGCCGAUGUCCUCCAGCCUCAGCGAGCCGCUCAAGAUGAACGCCGUGGUGCAGGGCCUGGGCCCGUCCUUCAAACUGACCCUGAACGUCCAGAACACAGCGGCGUGCCGGCCCGUCAUGAACCUGGCCAUCAGCUUCCUGUACGACGAGAGCCUGUACAGGAUGAGGAACCCGUUCAUGAGGAUCCCGCUGCUGGUGCCCGGACUCAUCUACCCCGUCGAGACCUUCGUGGAGUGCACCAGCGACAAGGGCAUCUCUGACAUCAUCAAGGUGUUCGUCCUGCACGAGGGGAAGAGCUCGCCGCUGCUGACCGCCCAUAUCAACAUGCCCGUCAGCGAGGGACUGACGCUCAACUGACGAUACACGACGCUUCAACUUUAUUCAUAACAGACAUCAUGAGACUGAACUGACAACACGCGACGCUUCAACUUUAUUCAUUACAGACAUCACGAGACUGAACUAACAACACGCAACGCUUCAACUUUAUUCAUUACAAACGUCACGAGACUGAACUGACAACACACAACGCUUCAACUUUAUUCAUUACAGACAUCACGAGACUGAACUGACAACACACAACGCUUCAACUUUAUUCAUUACAAACAUCACGAGACUGAACUGACAACACACAACGCUUCAACUUUAUUCAUUACAGACAUCACGAGACUGAACUGACAACACACAACGCUUCAACUUUAUUCAUUACAAACAUCACGAGACUGAACUGACAACACACAACGCUUCAACUUUAUUCAUUACAAACAUCAGGAGACUGAACUGACAACACACAACGCUUCAACUUUAUUCAUAACAAACAUCAGGAGACUGAACUGACAACACACAACGCUUCAACUCUUUUCAUUACAGGUGUGAAACAGCUCCAUCUGCUGGACAGCUGCGAGUACAACUUGUAAAAGAUAUUAACUAUUAAAUAUUUGCUGACCUCAUUUUAGUGGAACUUCAUUCAUAAAAUAAUUAAAUUAACGGAGCUGCUGACUCAUGAAUGUUUUUAGUCAACAGAAACUAUUUUAAAGAAUUCUACGGCUGAAUUUAUGAUAUAAAAUGAUGUGUUAUUGUAGAUUUGUCCAGAACCGGCAGAAGUCCAUUUAUAAUGUUGUCAGUUUUGUGUAGAUUUGUUUAAGUUUGUUGUUCAUGUUUAAAACAGUAGUGACAGAUAUAUAGUAUAUAUAUAUACUAUAUAUAUAUAGUAUAUAUAUAUAUAUAUACUAUAUAUAUAUAUAUAUAUAUAUAUAUAUAUGUGUGUGUGUGUGUGUGUGUGUGUGUGUGUGUGUGUGUCUGUGGAGGUAAACUACAGAUUCAUCAACACUUUGAGCUCUCAGGGUUAAAAAUCACUUUUGGUUUUGUUCAUGAAUGUUUGUAUAGAAAUAUUUACGGGACAAAUAUGUUCUAAAUAUUCUGUGUUUUUUAAAUGUAGUCUUGUAUUAAGUAAAAUAAAACAAUGAAUAAAAAGUU